GUUAUUUCUCACGCCUUCUCAGACUCAGAAAAGAGAAGAAACAAAACAAAAAAGAGCAGAGAGAGAGAGGAACCAUCACCAACCCUAAUUUCUUAGCUAAACCCUAUUCGUUUAGCAUUUCCUCUCUUUUCUCCCACUCGUAAAUCCUCUCCCAAACUUUUCAGAUCCAAAUAAAUCAUGGUUUUCUGGGUUUUUGGCUACGGUUCACUGGUGUGGAACCCUGGAUUCGAUUACAAUGAGAAGAUUAUAGGUUUCAUUAAGGACUACAGACGCGUGUUUGAUUUAGCGUGCAUUGAUCACCGGGGAACACCUGAAAACCCAGCAAGAACUUGCACGUUGGAGGAGAAGGAAGGGGCUAUUUGCUGGGGAGCUGCUUAUUGUGUUCGAGGAGGCCCUGAAAAGGAAAAACUGGCUAUGCAGUAUUUGGAGCGACGGGAAUGUGAAUAUGACAGAAAGACUCUUGUAAACUUCUUCAAGGAAGGAGAUUCACUGCACCCUACUUUAACUGAUGUAAUAGUAUUCACAUCUACUCCAGACAAAGUGAACAACAAAUACUACCUGGGACCUGCUCCACUUGAAGACAUGGCUAGGCAAAUAGCAACUGCAUAUGGCCCUUGCGGAAACAACAGGGAUUACAUUUUCCUUCUAGAAAAGGCCAUGUAUGAUAUUGGCCAUGAGGAUGACUUAGUGAUAGAGCUUGCCAAUGAAGUGAGGAAAGUACUUGGAAUGGGAAAUGUAGUACCAAAGGAGAAGAAACUGGUUGGAGCAGCACAACUUCCACACCCUCCUCAUGUAACAAUCCCUACCCUUCAACUGCACCCACUGCCAGAACCUAUUGCAAUGGAUAUAUAGCUGAGGGGGGAGAUGACCAAAAACUGACGCUGAGUUCGGCUACUAAACUGAUUUCCUGCUAACCCUCAUUCAAAUUUAAAUAACAUCACAUAUCUAUUCCUCUUCGCCUACUUUUAGCGGCUUUCCAGCCAUUCCCUUGAGAUAUUGCUUAAAUUCAGUGAGGCGCAAUAUUUUGAAUUGGAAUGUUCGCGGAUAUUUUACUUCUGCAGACUGCAGUGUUAUUAUUGAAAAAGUUUCAUUUUUUUUAUUUAUUUCGUUUACGGCGAUCUUACACAGUUUUUUUUAUAUCAGUUCUGCAUUCAAUCUUACCGAGUUAAUAGCUAGCUAGUACUUCGAAAUGAAUAAUACUUCUGUUUUGAGCAA